AUCUGAUCACCUGUUAAAAUGGUUUCUCCUGUAGCGAGCGGUGCUUGUAAACAUUAAAUCCCUGCUUGCAUGUUUGCUCAACAAAUAGAGACAUUUAGGUCUAAUAUAAGCAGCAUAAACUGCUUUGGAACAUGGAAUAUAUAUAUAAUUGUAACUGUUUAGCUGCUUACAUGUUUAAGGCUGCAACUUAGUAGUGAACUGUACCUGACAGGACCUCUUGGUGCAUCCAAGUAGUCUCCACAACUGAAGCUCCCUCUGACUAUGUGCCCUUGUAUCCUACUUUGUUUGUGUUCCGAGAAGAGUGUUUGCUUUUAUUUAGCCACUGGAUCUCUUUUGUUCCCCCUAGGAUAAGGAUUCUUCAUUUAUGCAAUAGCACUAUCCUGCUUUAACAGGCAACAACUUGUUGGAUGGAGCGCUCGAGGCACUGAGUGCCUGCUGAAGCGCCCUAUGUGAUAUUCGUGCCUGCCCAGAGAACUGCAUCUGAGUGUGCAGCCAGAAAGGCGAUUAAGAGCAUCCUGCGUGUUGAGAGCCAGCUGUUUUGUUUGCGGUUUAAAGGGAUAGUUUCCUGCUAACGUUGAGCAGUCCGGAGUAAGGAUUGGCAGGCAAUUUUUUAAGCAUUUGCAUGCUUAUGUAAUAACCUGCUUCUUACUUUUGCAUAACCCAAACAAUUUUGGGAAUAUGGAAUUCUAGUGCAACAUCUGGUAUUGAGAGGAACAGCUUUAAAAUGGCUGUUCCACCUGCUUAUGCUGAUCUGGGCAAAUCUGCCAGAGAUGUUUUCACCAAGGGAUAUGGUUUCGGGUUAAUAAAACUUGAUUUGAAAACAAAAUCUGAAAAUGGACUGGAAUUUACAAGCUCAGGUUCAGCAAACUCAGAAACGAGCAAAGUUAGUGGUAGUUUGGAAACAAAAUACAAAUGGGUGGAAUAUGGAUUGAUGUUCACAGAAAAGUGGAACACCGACAACACGCUAGGCACUGAGAUUACUCUUGAAGAUCAGCUUGCACGUGGCCUGAAGCUGACGUUUGACUCCUCCUUCUCUCCUAACACUGGGAAAAAGAGUGCUAAAGUUAAGACAGGGUACAAACGGGAACACAUCAACAUUGGCUGCGACAUGGAUUUUGAUAUUGCUGGUCCUUCAAUACGUGGAGCCCUGGUGGUUGGCUACGAGGGGUGGCUGGCAGGUUACCAAAUGACUUUUGAGACAGCGAAGUCUAGAAUAACCCAGAGCAACUUUGCUGUUGGCUAUAAGACUGAUGAAUUCCAGCUUCAUACUAAUGUGAAUGACGGAACAGAGUUUGGAGGCUCCAUUUACCAGAAGGUGAACGAUAAACUGGAAACUGCCGUGAAUCUUGCUUGGACGGCCGGUAAUAGCAACACUCGCUUUGGAAUAGCCACCAAGUAUCAGAUUGACCCAGAUGCCUCUUUCUCUGCUAAAGUGAACAACUCCAGUCUGAUCGGAUUGGGAUACACUCAGACUUUAAAGCCAGGUAUCAAACUGACAUUGUCAGCUUUGUUGGAUGGCAAGAAUGUCAACGCAGGGGGUCACAAACUUGGUCUAGGACUGGAAUUUGAAGCAUAAGGAGUGAUUCUACAAUGGCUAAUCUGAAAAUACAGCAUAGCUACCUUCAGAAUAUAGUGUACCUUUCAAUGUUUUAUGUCUGGGAUGCAAGUAUUGCUAAGUAUCAGUCCUGCUAGUGCUGGUUAAAGACAGUUAAGCUUUAAAAAUGAUGUUGUUAAAGAAAUGGAGACAAAAGCAUUAAAAAAAUCCUAAUUCCAGGCUUUUUUUUUUUUGAGUGUUGCUGCCCAUCACAUCUGUCAGCUGCCACAUGGUAGUAAGUAGGAAGGUACUGAUUACCUUUCCUAAUGUACUGAUUGCACAAGGAAUAUCCUAAAGUGGUUUAAAAACUGAAUUGCAGACCACUGUGUUGUACUGUUAAUUCCAUAAGCAAAAUGUUCCGACACUUUAAGGUUUCAGUUCACAACGGAAUGUGCAAACUUGUCUGAAAAAGGGAUUUUUUUUUUUUUAAAAAAAUAUUUUUAGAUAGGUAUUUCAUGAAUGGUUUGUCUGUUCUGGUUAUCUCCCACCUACAGCUGUCUCCAGAAUGCUUUAGGUUGUCCACUUUGUGUAAGUCCAUUGCAGAGGAGGUUUGAUGUGACUCAGCCAAUACUACCUGUCCCGUGUUGUGGUUCUUUUCCCUUGCACUGACCGGAGAGCUUGGAAGACAGGGCCAUAAUCAGGGAAGAGUCUUUGUAACUGCGAUCACACAGUUGCGUCACUAAACUUAAAAUGGACUUUUGUUUUCUUACCACUUUUUUUUAGGAAUUAAAUGGGUACAUUUUUAGAGAGUCUUCCAUUUUGUGUGGAACUUAGACCCCAAAAUGCUGUACUUGACACUACUAAAAAUGGAUAAAAACCCAAAACCCGACUUGAAUAAAAUAUUGCAAUGUCA